AUGAACGUUGAUGAACUUUUAAAUUACCAGCCAGAAAAACCAGCAGUUGCUGCUGCUAAUGUGUUAGGAAGCAAACGAACAACCGAUUCGACUACACCUUUGGCUGCAGGUUAUCCUAAACGAGCAAAACGUCCAAUCUUAGACGAUGUACCUACACCAUCUAACGCUUCAUUGAUAAAUAACACAAAUUUUGCUUCACUAAGUCAUAAUGAACGUGAUAAGCUUUUACAAAUGCUCGAACAAGAGUCAUCAGCGGAAGCACUUGAUGAGACAUCUUUGAAGCGAAUGCUUUCACAGCUCGAAAAACGUAUUUCGAAAAAUCAAGAAAUGCGCAUUAAGUAUCCUGAUAAUCCAGAAAAAUUCAUGGAGUCAGAGAUUGAAUUGAACGACGCAGUUCAAGAAUUACAUGUAAUUGCAACACAAUCGGAACUCUAUCAUGUUCUUGUCAAUAUAAACGGCAUAUCCUUAUUGAUGAGCUUAUUAACGCAUGAAAAUACAGAUAUAAGUAUCGCAGUUAUUAGUCUUGUACAAGAAUUGACAGAUGUCGAUACAUUAACUGAAAGUGAACAAGAAGCAGCACUUCUGAUUGAUGCCUUGGCUGAACAACAAAUCGUGUCAUUACUUGUUCAAAAUAUGGAUAGAUUAGAUGAGAAUGUGAAAGAGGAAGCCGAUGGUAUUCAUAAUUCCUUAGCAAUCGUGGAAAAUAUGACCGAAUUUCGUCCUUCGUUGUGUGUUGAUGCAUGUAAACAAGGUUUAUUAACAUGUCUGCUAAAACGUUUAAAGACCAAAUCUGGAUUCAAUUCAAUUUGUUUGUACUGCUCUGAAUUAAUGUCAAUUUUAUUACAAAAUCACGAUGAAAAUAGACAAAUGCUUGGUGAACUCGACGGUAUCGAUAUACUCUUACAACUACUUGCGUUCUACAAAAAACAUGAUCCACAAACCAGUGAAGAAUUUGAAUAUAUGGAAAAUCUAUUCAGUUGCUUAUGUUCGUCGUUAAUGUUUCCUGCUAAUCGACAACGGUUUCUCAAAGGUGAAGGUCCACAUCUGAUGAAUUUGAUGCUCAAAGAGCGAAAGGCAUCGCGAAAUGGUGCAUUGAGAACUCUCGAUUUUGCGAUGACAGGUGAUGAAGGAAAAGAGAAUUGUCAAAAGAUGGUUGAUAUCCUUGGUCUACGCACAAUCUUUCCAUUAUUUAUCAAACCACCGAAAGGAAGCAAACGAUCUGGUGAAACACGAGCAGAAAAUGAAGAGCAUGUCAUUUCCUGCGUGGCUUCAUUAGUACGAAAUUGUACCGGUGAUAAUCGACAACGUGUAUUCAAUAAAUUCACCGAAAGCGAUCACGAAAAGGUUGAUCGAAUAAUGGAGCUGCAUUUUCAGUACUACGACCGUGUAAAAGCAGCGAGCAACAAUAUCGAGCAGGAGGAUGAUGAGGAAGAUGAAGAUGAAGCUUAUCUUCGUCGACUAGACGCUGGAUUAUUCACUUUACAAUUGAUCGAUUAUAUUAUUAUUGAAAUUGCUUCAGCAACAUCGAACAUUCCUUCAAUACGGCAGCGUGUUUUACAAAUUCUGAAUAUGAGAAAUAGUUCAAUUGACUCCAUCAAAGAUAUCGUACGCGAAUAUGCUAAUAAUUUGGGUAAUACAAAGAAAAGUAAUGGCGUCGAUCAUACAACAACCGAUGGAGCAAGCAAUGGACAUAGUGAAGAUUCACAUAAACAAUAUUUGUUGGAUUUAGUUGAUAAAUUCUAA